CUCAACCGCGCUGGAGCACAAUGGCUUUGCUUAGGUCCGACGGUAAAACAAUGAACCGUGGGCCACGCCCCCCGCGCGGGCCACGCCCCCCUGCCGGUUACGCCCCCAUAACGGUUACACCCCCCGCAACGGUCACGCCCCUUCCGCUGCCGGGCAAGAUGGCGGCGCCCAGGGAGAGCGAGCGGUUGUGAGAGGGCGAUGGCGGCGGCGGCGGGGGGCGGCGGGGGGGGGCGGCGGGAGCCCCCCCACACGCUGCAGGGGCUGCUGGAGAUGGCGGUGGCGGCUGGGGAGCCCCAGGCCCCGCCCCGGGAGCCCAUGGGCGAGGAGCGGCAGCAGUGGCUGCGGGCAGCUGUGGCGGAGGCACUGGGGGGGGCCGGGGGGGCGCAGGAGGAGCUGCGGCGCUGCCUGGGGGUGCUGGGGGGGCCCUGCCCCGGCGAGGAGGCGCCCGAGCGGGGCCGGGGGGAGACGGGACCCCACGAGCAGGCCCUGGAGCUGCUGGCGGAUCUGUGCGAGAGCCUGGACAACGCCACCGAUUUCUGUGCCCUGGGGGGGCUGGAGACAGUGGUGGGGCUGCUGGGGCACCCCUGGGCCCCCCUGCGGGCGGGGGCCGCCCGGGUGGUGGGUGCCUGCGCCCAGAACCUGCCGGGGGCCCAGGGACGGGCGCUGGCCCUGGGGGCCCUCCCUGCGCUGCUGGGGGGGCUGCGGGGGGACCCCGACCCCCGCGUGCCCCCCUGUGCCCUCUUUGCCAUCUCCUGCCUGGUGCGGGCACAGCCUGAGGGCCUGGAGCAGUUUGAGCGCCUGGGGGGGCUGGAGGCGCUGGGGGGGGCCCUGCAGAGCCCCCGGCCCCCCCUCCGUGCCCGCGCUGCCUUUCUGCUGCACUGCCUGCUGCGCGAGCACCCCCGCCUGCGCGAGCCCCUGUGCCGCCUGGGGACAGUGGCCCAGCUGGGGGCCCUGCUGCGGACGGAGCACGACGGGGCCCACGAGCACGCGCUGGGGGCGCUCUGCAGUUUGGCCACAGAUUUCCCCGAGGGGGUGCGGGAGUGCCGGACCCCCGCCCUGGGGCUGGAGGAGCUGCUGCGGGAGCGGCGGGUGCUGCUGCAGGGCCGCGAGGAGUUCCAGGAGGAGCUGGAGUUCUGCGAGCGGCUGCUGCAGCUCUGCUUCGAGACCCCCCCCGAGGAGACCACCAUGGACCGGUGACCCAGGACCCCCCGACCCCCCACCAGGGACCCCCAAGGGGACCCCCAACCCCGCCGUGUCCAUUGGGACCCCCAAGGGGACCCCCAAACCCUCCCCGUGCUCUGGGGAGGGUAAUAAAGGUUUCACUCCUGAA